UGGAUUUGAAACAAAACAACAAGAAGAGAGUGCAAAGAAACCAAUUGGUUUGCACACGUUGUGACAAAGACAUUGGAUAUUGGACGUGAGCGAGUUUAGAGUUGGUUGUUUACAUGUGCAAUAAAUCAUGUAUAAACUUGAUCGUUUAAUACCAAGUUCAAUUAAUUUUGUACAUACGGAUACAAUGUAUAAAGUGGAGAAUUUUUACCAUCUUGGUAAGGAAAAUAAUUCAUCUUCUUGUAUUGAAAUGUCAAGUGAAUUUAUUUCGAAUGAAUUGAAUGAACGUGAUAAAUGUCUUCUUAAAGAACUUGGCGAAUUGGACGAUAAUAUAUCAUUUCUUUUAAACAUGUUUAAAAGUUAUCAUCCGAAAAAUAAGGCCAAUGUUUGUGAUGCUCAAAAUGCAUCAAAAUCUGACUUUAUUUCUGAGCUUCGUCAGUUAACAUAUCAUAUUUCAAAUCUUUCAAAUCAUUAUAAAACAAAUCUUGUCAAAGAUGUACUACACGACAACAUUUACAAAGAACUAAGUAAAUUAGACUUAGAGUUAGACGAUAUUUUUAGUAUGUUUACAAAUUAUUGUCAUCUUCAACAUAUCAAUUGCACAAUGACAAACAGUACUCCAACACCUUCAAAUAAAUCUAUUACUGUUCCUAAAGAACCUUUCACGCUUAUUAUUCAGUGUAAUCCAAAUAGUUCUCCAUUAUCGGUAUUAUUGUUUUGUCACAUACUACUUAGUAACCAAUAUAAAGUAACAAUUAACUCAUUUGUACAUUCAACAGUAAAAGAACUUCCUACAUCACUUAAAAAGUUAAUGGAAAUCCUUUCAAUUGAUAUGCAUGGUUCUUCAAGUAAUAACACAUGUUACUGGCAAAUUGACACAAAACUGUGUCUACAUUUUAUAUGGAACUCAAGUUGUCCUGAUAUUACUGUUUCAUCCCUUGAUAAAUCUAUUACACCAACAACGUUGUAUGGAGAAUGUAUGCUUGUACAAUUGAUUGGGAAAAUUCUAGAACCUCACAAUUUCGACCAACUCUCAUCACUUAUUAUUACUAUAGACUCAAGUUUACUAUUACUCGGAUUAUCGAUACGUAACGCUUCCCUAGAUGUAAAACAAAAGUCAUUAAAUAUUUUAAAUAACCACCCAUAUUUUGUGAAGUUCAAUCGUGAACUGCCAUCAAUCGUUGAUUGUUAUCUAUUUGUUUGUAUUAAGGAAUUAAAACUGUCGGAUGUAUUGCCAGCUAAUCUGAAAUCAUGGUUACAGUUUUGUUCUAAAUGGAAAAGCUUUAAUUUGUUACCACUUUAAGUUUUUCUUUGUCGCCUAAAUUUGAUAAGUAUAUUUACUGGUGUAUAAAAAAAUCUUAUUUUGCUAUGAUUUUUAGGUUGAGAAAAGGCGUUCAUGAGAACUACUUUCGUAACGUUAUGUUUGAGUACUACCUAUUAAUUCAGUGGUUCCAAAUGUUUGUCUUAGUUGGACUACUUACUAGUAUACCUUGUUUAGAUCAAAUGAUAAUCAACAUCCCAGUUUCUUAUCAUUGUAAUUUGAAUAUUAAGGAUCUCUGCAAAGUAAGGUACUAAUUCAAGAUGUUUGAGAAUUUAACUAGUUAUUUCACUCACCAUCUUUGCCACUCUGAAUUUCUUUUAGAUUCUUUAUCAUAUAUGCAAACAGAAUGAUCUGAUUAGUAUGGUGUUAAAUCUACCUAGUUUUCUAUCAUUAUGGUUUUGUUUGAGUCUUAUCUAUACAGCAAAUCAUGAGAUUGUGAACAUAAAACGGUCUUUGUGAGAAAAAUUGAUGCAAUUAUUCAAU